AUGGAAUCUUCACCCGUUUAUCUUCCACCAUCUUCCACCGCUAAAUUUCAUACGGAAGAUGCCUUAUCUUCAAGCCAGAUUUCCGAAUCAGGUCGCUACAUCACCCGCAAGAGUCCAAGACCUUUGUUGACACAGAACCAAUUGGUCAAUAAACCAAAGAGCCCCGAAAGACUUGAAUCAAAAUUUCAUCCUGCAAGAUCUCCUACUCAAACUACUCCUCGCACCGUCAGAUUGAUCAAUUAUGAUAACUAUUCCUAUUCUCCUACGAACUUUUCAGUGUUCCCGGAUUUCGACCUUGACACGUUGGAUGUAUCACAGAACUAUGAUCUGAUUGGCAACAGUAACUACUUUGCCACUUCUGUUGAUCCUGGGUCUCCCUAUCUGCAGAAACCCAGCCAACAUAGCCACUAUCUUUUCCAUCCUCUUGCUAAUGAGGACUCCAGCAUUCACCGCUGCUCGCUUCCCAACUUGCCUGCCUCCGACCCGAUCGUGGAAUAUCCUUCACUCUACGAUUCCAGUUCAACAACCUGUUUGAACACCCUUUCUUCGCCCCCAAUGCAUCCUUUUUCGUUAAAGACCCGUUCCUGUAGCGAAACAGACACAUCAAAAAUCCAAUUUUCUUCUUUCUUCGAAUUGGACGAACUGAGUGAUGUGAGUGACCCAGAAAGUAACGAAUUUGACGACGAAGACGACAAUUAUUAUAACGAUGACACAGAUAUUAAUGAAGCGCAAUCCCAGUAUUUGAGUCCUCCCCUGAUGAUCGACUCCAAACCGGAAAAACUGGAGGCUGAUGUUGGUUGCAACCCAAAGAAAUUUUGUGGCCAAGGAUUUUCCAAGUAUGCCCGUAGCACUUUUUACUCGCAGGUUUCCAAACAAGACAAACACACUUUGUUGACCCCAACCAGUUGUUCUCCAACGGAAUCCAGUUCAGGUAUCGAUGCCCCCGUUUCGCCUCCAAACUCUAUGGUUUCCAGGAAAAGACUUUUCGCUGAAAGAGAUGACAAACCAGACACACAAACAGAAUCUGACCAUGUUUUUGAUUCAUUGGUGUCUGAUUUGGAGAAUAAGGCUUACAGCCAGUACAGAUCAUCAAUCAAAAUUCCACUGCCCCCCCUUUCACAAUCAAGGUACGAUAAAAUUACUGAGCUAGCAGCAAACAAAAACCUAGAUAUGGGCCAAGUUGAUGACGUUCUCAAACUGUUUAAGUUGCGAAACUUUGAUUUAAAACUUAAGCUGCUCUCCAGGGUUCUAGGUCAGAGACGAGGGGAGCAAAUGUUUUAUCCCGAGCACACCAGCGACAAGGGGUUAGUUCUGACUGAAUCUAAUGAUGGAAGCUUGAGCAUACUCGCCAAAACUUAUGCUGGUCAUGAGGAUAGUAGCUCGAUAAUUGAGAAUUCUAUCAUCUCAUCGUUCAAGGAUAUCAAGGAGUUUGCUAUCUAUUUCAGGCAGCCAAAUGAUACGGGAUCGAAAACAAGAAAGACUUCUACAGGAGGGAAGAAGCAGAGAUUGGGAAAGUCACGGCUAACAGAUGAGAAUGGGCAUGGAAGCACAAUUUAUAUCAAAAGACCUUUGAAUUCGUUUAUGUUGUACCGGACAUCGAUGGUGAAAGCAAUUGUUUUACUUUCUUUAAUAGACUCAUUAUCUUCCUUCGUUUUCAGAAGAUUGCAGAUGCAGUAUUCAUCUUAUGAUUCACAGGCGGAAUUAGAAUAUCUCAAAAUAAUUGAUUCUCACCUGACGGAGUCUCUUGCCCAAGAGUUGAGGCAAGAAUGCGUCAUCCACAAAUACAACCACCACCUGCUCAUCCAGAUAGUUGCCGUAAUGUGGUCAACAGAACUCAACAGUGUGAAAAAGACGUUUAUUUCGUUAGCACAAUCUGAGAAGAAGAUUCACGCCCAAUGUUACCCCAACUACAAAUACCACCCCCAAAGAAAGGGAUGA